AUCAUGUCAAUUUUCAUCUUCAUUCUGAUCCUACUCCACUUACAAGUUGUGGUACCAGUUAAUGUUAAUUUGGAUAAUGGUACUGACUCUUCUAGUUGUUUGGAUGGUUCUGUUCCUUGCAAAACGCUGUCGUUUGUACUGGAGAGAAUACAAACUAGAAGUUCAAUCCUUGUCCACUUGUCUGAAGGUAACCAUACUUUAUCAUUAGAAGCUACAAUGAACUAUAAAAUAAGUUUUAGAUUAAUGGGUCUUCAGACCAAUACUACAAUAGUACAAUGUACUAAAGGCAGUGGGUUUAGUUUUAAGCACUCCAAUGAUAUUCAUUUCUCUAAUUUGACAGUCAAUGGCUGUGGAAUGUAUCACAACAGCACUAGCAGUCCUAGUGGAAAGUUUCUGCUGUUUCAAGCUGCUAUGUAUAUUCUUUUUUGUUCAAAUGUUUACUUUGAUAGUGUAAUAGUUAGUAACAGCACUGGUGUUGGUGUAGUAUUCUACAGCACUGUUGGAACUAACAUCAUUAAGCACUCAAGCUUCACUUAUAAUGCACCGUCUGGUACUGAAUAUGGUGGAGGUGGUAUAUCUGUAGAAUUUGUCUACUGCAUACCAGGAGACACACAGUGUACUAACAUCAGUGGCUCUGCAAUCCCUCUUAACUACACAGAUGGUAGUAUCACUGAUGCAUCAUACGAGUUCAGUGAUUGUCAGUUCACUCAUAAUAUCGGAAACGUCACUAGUAAUCUCUUCAUAUCACCUUCAGCUAAUGACAAUAUAGCUUUAGGUCGUGGAGGAGGACUGUCCGUUGUGUUUAAAGGAAACAUAACAAAUGUUCCUGUAUACAUCAACAAUUGUUUAUUCAAUAACAAUACUGCAGUUUGGGGAGGUGGAUUGUUGAUUGAAUUUCAAGACCGUUCCACUAAUAAUGCUAUAGUUGUUAAUAACUCUGUGUUUUAUUCUAACCAAUGCCCGUUUGUAUCAUGCACAUAUAAAGGGACUGGUGGAGGUGGGACUAGAGUCCUCUUUGCUGGAAUUGGUCACAACAUUCAUAAUAAUUCCGUCCUAUUCACAAACUCAACCUUCUCGUACAACAGAGCUUAUUUUGGAGGUGGCUCAUCAUUUUUGACAUUUAGAGAGAACUCCAGCUACCAAAUGAAUAGAAUGCAUUUUGAUAAUUGUACUUGGCAUCGAAAUGUUGCACGGCUUGGCUCGGCUGUUGAUUUAUCAAUUUGGCAUUUGGAGUCAAGUGACGGUGGGUUAGUGAUAAUGCAGCCAGUGUUUACCAAUUGUGUAUUUCAAUUCAAUUCAGUUUAUUAUACUAACUACACAAGUACGCCUGCUGGAAUAGGAACAUUGUAUACUGACUCUGUUCCGAUUCAGUUUCAAAACAACACACAAUUUUUCAGUAAUUUUGGCUCAGCUGUAACCAGCCUUGAUGCAGCUGUUGAGUUUCAGAGCGACUCUGUUUCACAUUUCAUAAAGAACUCAGCUCAGGCUGGAGGGGGAAUGACUCUCUUUAAUAAAGCAUUUCUCAUGCUAAAUGCUAAUACUUCAAUCAAUUUUACCCACAACAAAGCUUUUCUUAAUGGUGGUGGAUUGUACUGGGAAAACAUUGGUGACCACCAAUUGAUAUCAUCUCGUAACUGCUUUAUUCGUUAUUUUGAUUCUGAUAUUGACCCUACACAGUGGCAAAUAAGGAUCCUUUUUGAUGGCAAUCAUGCUAACCUAUCUGGCCAUGCCAUAUAUGCUACUACAAUAUUAGGAUGCUUAUGGGGGGACCAAUCUCAUGGCGAAUUAGUUAAUCCAAAAACAGAUUAUUACAAAGUUUUUUGUUGGAGUCAAAGUGCAUGGAACUAUGGGCCUAAUACCACUUGUAAUGACACUGAUGUCAUUGCUACUUCCCCAGCAUAUUUUGCUGACAAUGAGGGCCAUCCACAGUGUAAGGAUUCAUACAGCAUUAAUGUCAUUCCAGGUAAGGAAAGUGUUCUUCCUGUAGUGAUGCUUGAUGACAGAUUGAAACCUGUUCCAAGCAAGUCUCUGGUUUUCUCUCUCUAUAGGAACAGCACUUACGAUACAGUGACAGAAUAUAUCACAUACAGGAAUGUGUCUUAUUAUGGUGAUCCAUAUGAAGACAAUCAAGCAAAACUUUUCUUGAAGACUAUUCACCCUCGAGUCAUCUCUACAAAAAUUGAUUUAACGUUUGAAAAGUGUCCUCCUGGUUUUGUCAUUAGAGGUAACAUUUGUGAAGGAGGGGAAUUCCCAAAUAUUAGACUUCACACAAACUUUACUGCAUCCAUUGAGUUUGGUUACUGGAUUGGUCCAACUAGUGAGUCUUCUAAUAACUUGAAGGUUGGACAAUGCUUGUAUUGUCCACAGAAUAAUAAACUGAGUCGAAGUAGCUUUGUAACUUUGCCCGAAUCAUCUGAUGAUCUCAAUGAGUUUUUCUGUGGGGAUUUAAACAGAGAAGGAGUCACGUGUGCUCAUUGUAAAGCAAACUACAGUGUUGCUGUCAAUUCGAAGCAGUUCAAAUGCAUUCCUUGUUCAUCUGACUCUAUUUUCUAUUCUUGGGCAUUCUAUUUGUUAGCUGAGUAUCUUCCUUUAACUAUAAUGCUCAUCAUCGUUAUUGUCUUUAACAUUUCGGUGACAUCUGGACCUGCAAAUGCAUUUAUAUUUUUUGCACAAAUUAUUUCAACUACAUUUGGGAUUGAUGCUAAUGGAAUCAUUGAUUAUCCAUCUAUAACCCCUGCAGCUUCAGUCCUCAAGCAGAUAUACAUAUCACUGUAUGCAUUUUGGAAUCUUAGCUUUUUUAGUGCAAUUGAAUUGGAUGGAUGGCUAUUUUGUUUGGGACCUAAUGUGAACAGUCUUCAUGUAAUGGCCCUCAAGUUUGUGUCAGCUUUUUAUCCACUUAUAGUGAUUGGUCUUGUAGUCCUUGUUUUGCAUCUUUAUCAUAAUGACUAUCGAUUUAUUGUGUGCAUCAUUCGACCUCUGCAUAGAGCUACAGCAAGGUGUCUUAGUUGGCUAAAUCUUCAAAGAUCUCUAAUGGAUGCUUUUGCUACAUUUCUUAUUCUUUCUUAUGUAAAAUUUGCUGUCACUUCGUGUCAAUUGUUAUUUCCUAACACAUUGGUUGAUGACACGGGACAUACAGAGUUCGUUUCCCUUUUUAAUGGUGAUUUCCAAUUCUUCUCCCUCAAUUAUGCACCUUAUAUGCUGACAUCUUUAUUCAUCCUAUUUCUUUGCACAUUUUUUCCAACUAUCCUGUUCCUUUAUUCUAUCAAGCCUUUUUACACGUGCUUGGAGAGACUAAAUUGGAAACCAUUAAAGCCUGGAGCUAAAACACAGCUUUUCCUGGAUUCUUUUCACCAGUGCUUCAAAGAUGGCAGCAAUGGUGAACAUGAUCGGCGCUACUAUGCAGCUCUUUAUUUCUUUUUUAAGCUGGCUCUCAUUACUACUUUUGCAUUUGGUCUAAGCUGGACAAUACAAUAUGUCUUACAGCAGUUUAUUAUUACUAUUGCUCUCUUGUUAUUGGGUUUACUUCAGCCAUACAAGAAAUUUUGGUAUAACGUCCUGGAUUUGGUCAUGUUUAGCCUCUUGUCUUGCAUCAAUGUAAUCAUACUCUACAAUUAUUACCUUGAGAGUAUUAAUAGUCCACUUUCUAACACAUUUUGUUGUGUUCUCAUUUAUAAACCAGAAAUUUAAUGCAAGUGACAACAGCGAUCUGGAAGAUUUUAGUUUUAGUACUUUCAUGGCCAAUGUUGAUCAAGAGAAUUGAUUUGAGCAAAUUAAUUACUAUGGCUCACUAGUACCAGAUGAAUAUACACUGGUAAAAGGGCAAACAGGGGAUGAACCAAGUCACAAUACACUAGAUGUAUACAGGAACAGAAACACCACAGUCACUAGUAGCUUCAGUGAAGUUCAGCCACUGGUGCAAGCAGAAAAUGAAGAAAAUUGAGAAUGCACUAUCAUGUGUGUGUGUGUGUGUGUUUGUUUAAAUUUUUAAUUGUUAAAAUAAUUUUAUUGUGUUACUGCUGAGUGCUUUAAUGUAAUUUAUUCAUUAUUCAUGAA